AUGUACAUCCCUCCAUUCGAUAAUCCAACAGAGGUCUCCUCAGGCUGCUUCAUGUGGUUCCUCAAGAUGGGUGUAUUGGUUGAUGCAAGAGGCACUGUCUGCGCGGUCGAAUUUGCCCCUCAUCAUUUUGGGUUGAAGCAACUCGUACUCCGUGGUGUUUGUGUUCCAUUCAAGAGCCUCAAGCUUGUCACCAACAUAUACGAGUAUAUUCUGCACAAGGCAUCACCCUUCGCGAGAUCUCCUCAUCCUCUUCCCUCCUCCUACUCGUUUGCUGACGUGCGCUGGGCGUUUGCGCAUGGCGUUCGUGGUGUUGGGAAUGGCGUGGUGGAGCUUCUCAACCUGGGUGAAUUCACGCGCGACUUGGAGUACUGA